AAGAAAUUGAAUGGUGAAAAGGAAAGUCAGUCAGGUGCCGAGUCCCUCCUUCAGUGAUUGGCGGGUAACCUAGCAACGCAGGCGCCGCGGAGGGAACUGCGCUGAGGGACCUGGAGCCCUCGAAGCCGGGUCGCCAGAGACAAUAACAGCCGGAGACUGGUGCCGCCGAGGGCGUACGGAGGCAAGGAGAUGGCUCAGAAAAUGGCUCUAGAUGUCCUCGGUGUGGCCCCUCUCUACCAGGGCCCCGACAUCAACAGAAUGAGGCUGACAGCAGAGCCAUCCAAGAAGCCAGCCUCCCUGCUAAAACCCUUGGUCCCCUCUAAGUCCAAACUUACCACCAUUGAGACCAAGAGGGUCAUGUCCGUACUGGAUGAGACCAUCCACAAGGUGGAGCUGGUGACCCUGCUGUCUGAUGUGAGUGCCAAUUACGAGACUCUGGAGGGGAUGCUGGGGGAGGACAUCAUGAAGGCCGUGAGAGAGCACGAGAAGAUCUGCCACAGCCUCCUGGACAGUGUCGUUUACCUGCAGGAGAAAGAAAGGCGAAUGCAGGAGGAAGAAGAGUUUGAGGAAGAAGGGUGGCUCAGAGACCGCUUCCUCUCCAAAGAACUGCAGAAAUCCCACCUCCUGCCCCUUAUGCAACAGAUCAAAGAAUCCACCAAGGACAUCCUGAGACUCUUGCUCAAUAACCCACAGGUGGUGAGGCUCUUGCAGAUGCACACCCUGAGCAGGAGCGCUGAAGCCCAGAAUUUCAUUGAUUGCCUGAUAGAACUGCGGGGUUUCCUGUUUGAGAAGCUACUCACUAGUCCCGUGGAAGCUAGAGACAAGACUCAGUUCAUACAGGAUAUCAACAGACGGAACAGGAGGAACCAAGAGAUCAUUGAGACUCUUGAAAAUGAAUUGGCGGCGAGCAUGAAGAGCAGGGACACAGAGGUGGAGAAAGAGAACUUUGUGAUCCAAGAACUGAAAAACCACCUGCACCAGGUGCUCAAGCUCUCGGAGAACAACCUUCUUCGCACCAAGCAGGAGGCCGAGAAGCAGCAGAAGGCCGACUUCCGGGCCUCACAGGCCAGGGUGGCCAAGAUCCAGCAGGAGUUACUGAUGCUGAGGUCCCAAUACCACAACCUGGUUGUGGAAAACCGGGAGGCAGAGCAGGCGCUGAGGAAGAAGAAAUAUAAAGUGGAGACCGAAAUCGAGAACUGGAUCCAGAAGUAUGAUAUGGAGAUGGGUGAGAAGCAGGAAGAGUACGAGGAGCUUGACAUCAUCCAUAAGGAGGAGAAGGUCCAGCUGGAGGAGCUGAAGCAGAAGCACAACGUACUAGUGGAGGAGUUCUCCCAGAUCCAGGCCGAGCAGGAGGUCAAUGCCAAGAAGAGAAUAGAGGCCGAGCAAGAGAUGCUGCGCAUGGUGCGGGCUGCCACACUCAUCCAGGCUUUGUGGAAGGGCUACCUGGUCCGCUCCAUGCUCAAGUCCAGGAAGAAGAAGCGGAGCAAGAGCAAAGGGAGGGUCAAGGAGAAGGGCAAAGGCAAGGGCAAGGGCAAGGCCAAGGCCAAGGCCAAGAAAUGA